AUGCCUCUUUCCGGUCACACCCCGGAUAAACCGGGGAACACGAUUCCCUACAUUCACAAACUGUGCACCGAAAACCGGAAGGGUAUCCGUAUUCUACGAUUCGCUGAGGCAGCUACUAUUCGACAUUACAAGCUCGAUUUACGUAAACAGACCGAGUUUGUGAUCAGCCCCCGAACUGCCCUAAUAGGUAUCACUGUCCUUCCCCCUCGAUGUAGUGAUCAACGUUCUUGUCCUUAUUACCAAUCCUGUGUCAUUUGGCCACCCGGAUUGAUUGAUUUCUCUUCCCCGUGUGUGUUCACCUAUUCACCUGUCCCCAAACCGGUCACCCUUUUGGCCAAACGUGAUGUGGUUGUAGGCCCACAGCUGAUAAAAUUACCACAAAAUGUGACCAUCAUGAUGCUUCGUUUUGCUCUCAUGAAACGUUUAAAGGGGGCUUGA